UAUUUCAGUCAGACAAAACCAAUGAGUUCCGGCAUUAUAUAAAGUAAAAGAGCCCUCUGAAAUUGGGAAUUAGGUUUUCGGCCAAAAUCUCCGAUUAUCAGCUACAUUUUUCUUUUUCAUGGCGAAUCGAACAGACCCCCUCGCUAAAAGCAUAAGAGGUACAAACCCCCAAAAUCUGGUGGAGAAGAUUUUGCGCACGAAGAUCUACCAAAAUACUUACUGGAAGGAGCAAUGCUUCGGGCUGACGGCGGAGACGCUCGUCGACAAGGCCAUGGAGCUCGACCACCUCGGCGGAACUCACGGUGGCACCCGGAAACCCACCCAUUUUAUGUGCCUUGUUAUGAAGAUGCUCCAGAUUCAGCCCGACAAGGAAAUCGUCGUCGAGUUCAUAAAAAAUCUUGAGUACAAAUAUGUCCGUGUGCUUGGAGCUUUUUAUUUGCGUUUAACGAGAAUGGACGUCGAUGUUUACCGUUACUUGGAACCUUUAUACAAUAAUUACCGAAAGCUGAGGCUCAAGCUAAAUGAUGGAAAAUUCACAUUGACGCAUGUUGACGAGUACAUUGAUGAGCUUUUGACAAAAGAUUACUCAUGUGAUAUCGCACUACCACGAAUCAAAAAAAGGUACCUGAAAUGCAAUGUGGGUAGGGUUCUGAUGGUGUUUGUGUGUUCCUUUAUUUUAGCUUUCUUUUAAUAUCUUCGCUUUUAUAUGAUAAAAUGUUAUCGGGUGGACCUCUUUGCUCCUUACUGUUAAGUCUUUAGGCGAUACCACUAGCUACUUCCAAAAUGCUAAUUUAGA